CCUUGGCUGAGGGGAAGAUGAAGUGUGGUAAUGAAUGAGUGGGUGGGUGCACAAGAGGAAGUGGUGGAGAAGGUAGAAGUCAAAACAAAACGACACAAAUCAACAGCGAAAAAGACGAGAGAGAAGACGAGGAGCCGGGAAGAAGGUGGCAGCAGGAGAGUCCAGAGAAGAAGAAACAAGAUGGCGACACCAACACAGCACCCACUGACCCCGCCCAUUGUUCAGCCCACCACGCCACCACCUAUUACCACAGCUCCUCCUAAAUCGUCAGCCCGCCUACAUGAGAGGCGGGGUUCCAACCUGUCGCUUUUACUGGAUGUGAGCAGUCUCAAGGUGGAGUCUGCAUGCGCCGUCUCAACCCCCAAGGAGGUGUGGCUUCAGGUGUUGCGCACCUUAUCACGACCGCUAACACAUACUGUCCUGCAGCAGGCUGUGACAGACACAGACACACUGAACGCAGAGUACCAGAAAAUUCCCCCGAACAUUGUGAGCGAUGAAGAACUUGACGUUCCAGGUCACAUGAUCAAAGAUCGCUACAAAACCAUCCUGCCCAACCCUGACACCCGGGUGGUCCUGACGAACCUGGAGGAGCCCAGGCAAGAUGACUACAUUAAUGCCAACUACAUCCGGGGUUACAGAGGGGCCCCCAGAGCCUACAUUGCCACCCAAGGACCAAUGCUGCACACUGUGGGAGAUUUCUGGGAUAUGGUGUGGCAGGAACGGAGCAGCAUCAUCGUCAUGGUUACCAGAUUGAAGGAGAACAACGAGAAAUGUGAGCUGUAUUGGCCACAGCUGAGGACAAGGCUGAAGGGGGAGAAGAACCUAGAAGAUGAGGACACGAGGUCAUCAGCCCAAUUUGGUAGAUUUGUCCUCAGGGCUACAAACAGUGGAGAGAAGGACGCCUUCACCAUCACUGAUAUAGAAAUCCAGUUGCACGCCGAGCGUAGGAACAUCAGACAUUACUGGUUCACUUCCUGGCCUGACCACCACAUCCCACAGUGCACCACUGCUCUGCUGAGACUGGUUGAGGAAGUGGAGACAUACAACAGCUCUCAUCCAAUCACAGCUCUCAGCCUGACACCUGGACCAAUCAUCGUGCACUGCAGUGCAGGUAUCGGCAGGACGGGUUGCUUCAUCGCCAGCAGCAUCGGCUGCCAGCAGCUCAGAGAAACCGGGCAGGUGGACAUCCUGGAGACGGUCUGCCAGCUCCGCUUGGACAGGGGAGGUAUGAUCCAGACCACUGAGCAGUACCAGUUCCUGUAUGCAAUGCUGGCUGAGUACAGCACCCACCUACCGCGUACACAGGAGCAGGUGAACCCAGAUGAGCCCCGAGGCUCUGUCCAGCUCUGCCUUCAGCUCCAGAACCUGAAGGUUGAAAACAGGCCAAAUCCAAGGAAUGGAGACUGUCCAGAAUCAGGAGAACCUUCAGCUAUUCUUCUGCCACAAACAGAACAUCAACAGAACCACUAAAGUUCACAAAAAACUGAUGGAACCUUACAAGAACUGGAUUGAGAUGUAGAGUAAAACACAAAAGAUGCUAGAACUUUACGUUCUUGGACCUGAAGAACGGAUCCAUCUGUAGGUCCAAUAAAGAUUCAUUGUGAUGG